GGUGCAUAUACAUUCAGAUGACAAAAUCAACCAUUCCUGAUUUUCAGCAGCGCUCGUUGUUCUAGACCUUAGAUUUUUGGAUUCUGGAAGAAAGUCUCUUUCUUGCUCUCUAUCUCCCUGUAAGUGAACCUAGUUUAACUGCCAAUCCCACUUUCUGGAUCUGGAGCUUUUCAAUAUUCUCUAUUACUUUGAUGAUCAACGACUUCAUCAGUUCAACUUCAAUUGCCAUUUUCGUUCUUUGAACUUCUGCAACUCCGCCUGGAUUACCUGCCAUCACACCCCUGAACCUCCAAAGAUUCCGCUGUAACCUUAUGACCGACGGACCUAAGCCUCAUACUCGUUGACACUGACCAUCUUAAUCAGUGGUUCCCCAAUUGUUCCUCUUUCUAUCUGAGAGUGACAUUGAAUUUGUCAACUAGAUCCGACCUUGUUUGCGAGAAGAAACCAAUCCACUACGCCGCUGCAAUUGCGCAGAUAGACUCACAAGCCAGUUGACCUCUCAUAGCUCCAAUACCAAUGACAACACAUCCACUAAAAGCCGUUACUCUUACCCACGUUCGCUACCGAAAGGGAGAUCAACUGGGUCACUUCCUCGCAUGGGUUUCUCUGAUCCCCGUUUUCAUUAGCAUGGGUGGCUUCAUUUCCCACUUUAUGUUUCGUCGAGAGCUUCAGGGCAUGUUCUUCGCCCUUGGCCUCCUCAUAUCUCAGUUUCUGAACGAUCUCGUUAAGGCAUCCGUGCAGCAGGCGCGGCCCGAGACAUGUGCCAUGCUUGAGAUGUGCGAUUCACAUGGUUGGCCUUCUAGUCACUCUCAGUACAUGUGCUUCUUUGCUAUAUACUUUACUUUUCUUACAUAUAGGGGAAUUGGGUUCCCAACGGAGACACAGAAGUUUAUUGUGUCUUCUAUAUCUUGGGCUACGGCCAUCCUUACCAUGUAUUCUAGGGUUUAUCUGGGCUACCACACUGUCGCACAGGUCUUUGCUGGCGCUACUCUUGGUGUUUUUCUUGGGGCGCUCUGGUACUGGGUUGUCAAUUAUCGACUUAUCUUUUAUUUCCCAGCAAUUGAAGAGAGUGCAUUUGGGAGAAUGUUCUAUGUUAAGGAUUCUUCCCACAUACCAAAUGUAAUGAAAUUUGAGUAUGACAAUGCUAGAGCUGCUCGCAAGAAUUUAGCCCAGAAGCGUGCAUCAGAUUGAACAAUAAACAAAUCUUCCAGGUUGAUCACAGAGUGAGAAUGGCUGCAAUGCUCAAACAUGACUGAACUAUGGUCUAAGAAAUUUUUGGAACUGAAUACAUUGAUUAAAGAGAUCAUUAGUCAUCUUUCUCUGAUGCAUAAUUUUAAUUAGUAGAUGCUAUUGGGAGUUGGAACAAAGGAGGAAGGAGCCAUAGCCAAAAACAGGGUGGGCGGGCUCCAUACAGUGAUCUGUAGUUGCAUGGUAUUGGUUAAUCUUUGAAUUCCUAGAACCUGGACUUGAUUCCAUUUCAAUUAUCCUUGCAAUACGUGAAUUUAAUUUCAGUUAUCCUAACCUAUCCUUGAUUAAGAUAUAUAUUUUUUAUAAAUCGCAAUUAGAUAUUACUUUGUUCA